UCAUCUCCUGUACUGUCCGCAGUCUCUGGUCAUCUCCUGUACUGUCCACAGUCUCUGGUCAUCUCCCGUACUGUGUCCGCAGUCUCUGGUCAUCUCUGUACUGUCUGCAGUCUCUGGUCAUCUCCUGUACUGUCCGCAGUCUCUGGUCAUCUCCUGUACUGUCCGCAGUCUCUUGUCAUCUCCUGUACUCUCAUCUUGUCAUCUCCUGUACUGUCCGCAGUCUCUGGUCAUCCCUGUACUGUGUCCGCAGUCUCUGGUCAACUCCUGUACUGUGUCCGCAGUCUCUGGGCAUCUCCUGUACUGUGUCCGCAGUCUUUGGUCAUCCCUGUACUGUGUCCGCAGUCUCUGGUCAUCCCUGUACUGUGUCCGCAGUCUCUGGUCAUCCCUGUACUGUGUCCGCAGUCUCUGGUCAUCCCUGUACUGUGUCCGCAGUCUGUCAGGAAUGGACUUGCCAAUAGUGUACACACAUCUCUGGUCACACCCGCAUCCCUGACACAGUCUCUGGUCAUCCCCUGUACUGUGUCCGCAGACUCUGGUCAUCUCCUGUACUGUGUCCGCAAU